UGCGAAAAUAUUAAGAUUUCUUUCAUGAAGAAAAACACAUGUAACAUAAUGCCACACCAUUCUAAUCAUUGUCCACUUGAUUGACAAUGAAUUUGGCAUGUAUAUGGUUAAUUUGUAGAUUCUUGAAUGUUGGCUAUAUUAUGAUCUACAGCAUGUAUAGAAUAACCAGUUGAAAUUGAAACUAAAUUAGUAUGGCUGUUUUCACUAUUUGAAUUGUUUCCAUUUGAACAAUAUUUCUGUUUGCUUGAAGAUAAUUUGUAUACUGACUUUUUCCUUUUAUUAAUUUUAUGAGAAAUUGUAAAUUUUGAUAAACAUCAAUCAAGAUUAAAAAUAUGAAAUGCCACUUCUCUGCAUACUUGAAAUUCAUGUUGCUAAAGGUGCAUGUAUCCUAUAUUUUUUUCCUAGGAGCAUUCAAAGACUGACGAAGGGAUUGAUUGUAACCACUGUGGCACUGAUGUUGAACAACCUGAAACUGACUUACCAAUGAAUGAUCGAAUGGACAUCAGAAAUAGAGCUGUGUUUCAACAUAGUAGUUCUCAAGAAGGCGGGGUGGUUUUAGAACAGGAUGAUCUAGUGGACAAUGGAAGCAAGGAUGAUGUUCUCAAUGAAGUAGACCAAGCAGAUUCAGCAGACAUGUGGUAUGGUGAUGUUGGAUGUGAUCAUAAUGUUGAAGAUAACACUUGGCAUAUUGAUGGCAACAAGGAAGGCGAGGAUGAUUUGAGGCAAGACAUGGGUGGAGACUCAGUACAAAAUGAAGAAAUGGAUCAGGGGGAUGAUGAGGACUGGCAUGACAAUGGAGUUGACUCUGGAGGAGAUGAUGAAGAUGAUGAUUUUCAGCAUGGUGAUGGGGAGGAAGGAAAUGAACCAGAUGAUAAUUACCAGGGAUUCAGCCUUGAAGAUGGAAAUCUUCCAAUUUAUCCAGAUGCACCCAUCACCAAGUCACAGAGUCUACUGCUGAUAGUGUCCUAUGUCUUGCGGCAUGGUCUUUCUGAUAGUGCUUUGGAUGAUCUUCUUUCUUUGAUGAAUAUACACUGUCCAAACAGUGUUCCUACAUCAAAGUAUUUGCUGUACAAGAGUGUUGAAGAUUCAAUGUACGAGGUAUGUUUAUUUUUUAUUAAAUCAUCAUCUGUACUGACCAAUGUGUUUCAUAUAAAGGGAGUUAUGCUGCAUUUACACAUAGGCAGAAUGCAUUACGAACGUCAUAUUUGCUUCAUUCUUAACAUGAUCAGCGGCCAAGAAUGGUCCUCCUGCUUUGCUGCUGAGACAUUUAUGUUGAGCAUCGACAAAGAGGUUGUCAACAACCACAUCACUUCCUUCACACCUGUUAUCUGCCUGAUGUUUGGCAGUUACUACUGCUUCAACAUACACUACCCAGUAGAACUACGGUCUACACUGGAGUUCCUCCAACGGUGUUUCUUUUCAAUAAAUCCUGAGAAAGGCACCAAAGUCGAGUGGAAUAAUAAGAAGAAAGUGUUCUCAGUCAAUCCCAGGGUCCUCACUCUGAUCUCAGACCUUGCUGACCAUGAGUGGACCUACCAGUGA